AUGUUGCGAACUGCUGCUCGCCAGGCCGGCCAUGUCGCCCAGACGGCUGCGCCGGCGGUUACCGAUGCGGCGCUGUAUCCCAAGAUCGGCGAGAAGCUGCACGGCUUCACGCUCAUGCGCUCCAAGCAUGUUCCUGAGCUCGAGCUGACUGCCCUUCACCUCAAGCACGACAAGACUGGCGCCGACUAUCUCCAUAUUGCGAGGGAGGAUAACAACAAUGUCUUUUCAGUUGGCUUCAAGACGAAUCCUCCGGAUGAUACGGGCAUCCCACAUAUUCUCGAGCACACGACGCUGUGCGGAAGUGAAAAGUACCCUAUCCGAGACCCCUUCUUCAAGAUGCUUCCGCGCACUUUGUCGAACUUCAUGAACGCCUUCACAGCCUCCGACCAUACGUACUACCCCUUUGCCACUACCAAUGCGCAGGACUUCAAGAACCUCAUGUCGGUCUACAUGGAUGCGACCCUGCAUCCCCUUCUCAAACGAACCGACUUUCUCCAGGAGGGCUGGCGAAUCGGCCCCGAGAACCCGCAGGCUGAAGCCGGUGAGGAGGGCAACAGGCUGGUGUUCAAGGGUGUGGUUUACAACGAGAUGAAGGGUCAGAUGUCUGAUGCCGGAUAUUUGUAUUAUAUCCGAUUCCAGGACCACAUCUUCCCCGACAUCAAUAACUCGGGCGGAGAUCCCCAGAAAAUCACGGACCUUACCUAUGAGCAGCUAAAGCAAUUCCAUUUCGAGAACUACCACCCAAGCAACGCCAAGUUCUUCACCUACGGCGACAUGGCUCUCGCGGACCACCUGCAGGAGGUUAACGAGCGCCUAGCCGAGUUCCGAGAGACCCACCAGCUGGUUGAUCAUAGGCGACCUAUCGACCUGAGCUCCGGUCCCAUGGAGGUGACGGUGACUGGCCCCAUCGACCCAUUGGUUGACCCCGACAGGCAGUACAAGGCUUCGGUAUCUUGGAUUAUGGGCGAGACUAAGAAUACGCUUGAGUCAUUCUCGCUAUCACUCCUGUCCAACCUUUUGUUGGACGGCUACGGCUCGCCGCUUUACAGGGGCCUCAUCGAGUCUGGCCUUGGCACCGACUGGAGCCCCAAUACUGGCUAUGACAGCAGUCCGAGCCACGGUAUCUUUUCCAUUGGCCUGUCAGGACUCAAGGAGGCAGACGUCCCUAAGCUAAAGGCAGAGGUUCGACGGAUCCUUGAAGGGGCCCGGGCAAAGGGCUUCGAUCAAACCAAGAUCGACGGCGCCAUUCACCAGAUUGAGCUCGGCCUGAAGCACAAGACGGCAACCUUUGGUCUCUCGCUGCUUCACCGCUUGAAGUCUAAGUGGUUCAGUGGCGUCGAUCCCUUCGACUCUUUGGCCUGGAACGAGACCAUCUCCGCGUUCCAAGCUGAGCUUGCCAAGGGUGGUUACCUCGAGGGCCUUCUCGACAAGUACCUGCUGAAUGACAACACUCUCACCUUCGUCAUGGCCCCUUCACCAACAUAUGGAGAGGGAAUUGCCCAGGAAGAGAAGCAGCGGCUUGCGUCGAAGAUCGAGCAAGCAGCUUCGCAGCUAGGUGGAGAAGCUGAGGCUCGAAAGGUCUUCGAGGCUCAAGAGCAAACCCUGCUCCUGGAGCAGGGCAAGACCAGGACGGAAGACCUGGAGUGUCUUCCCAGCGUUCACGUUGCCGACAUUCCCCGAGAAGCGAAGCGCUCCGUCUUGCGUCAUGACAAGUUGGACGAUGUUAGCGUUCAGUGGCGCGAGGCGCCGACGAACGGACUCACAUAUUUCCGAGCCAUCAACACAAUUGAGGGCCUUCCUGAUGAACUUCGAGAGCUCAUGCCGCUCUUUGCCGAUAGCAUCAUGCGUCUUGGUACGAAGGAUAUGACCAUGGAGCAGUUGGAGGAUCUGAUCAAGCUCAAGACUGGCGGUGUCUCUGUUGGCUACCGCGUGGCGUCAUCGCCCACAAACUUCCGGGAGGCGACCGAAGGCAUUGCCUUUAGCGGCAUGGCUUUGGACCGAAACGUGCCAGCCAUGUUCGACAUUAUCAGAAAGCUCGUUGUCGAGACGGACUUUGAUAGCGCAGAAGCCCCGCUUCGAAUUCGGCAACUCCUUCAGACAUCCGCCGACGGCCUAGUCAACGAUAUCGCGUCUUCGGGACACCAGUUCGCCAGGGGCUAUGCCGAAUCUGGUCUAACGCGAGCCGCCUGGCUCCAGCAGCAAGUCGGAGGGCUUUCUCAGGUUAAGCUCAUUACCUCGCUUGCCAGCCGACCAGCGGCUGAUAGUCUCAGCGACGUGAUUGAGAAGUUGAAGAGGAUUCAGAACUUUAUCCUUUCAGGCAACAAUAUGCGCACAGCGAUCACCUGUGGAUCCGAGAGCGUUCAGGACAACACGAAGGCUUUGGGGCAGUUCCUUUCGGCGAGGGCGAAGGCGCCUUUUGACUUUGGCUCAUCGACAAACUCCUCCGCGGGUCUUCCCCAAGAUAAGAAGGCAUUCUUCCCCCUGCCAUAUCACGUCUACUACGGCGGUCUUUCCGUGCCGACGACGUCGUAUACUGCAGCGGAAGGUGCGCCGCUCCAAGUCCUAGCACAGCUCCUCACCCACAAGCAUCUCCACCACGAGAUUCGAGAGAAGGGAGGUGCUUACGGCGGCGGUGCUUACUGCUCGGCGCUUGAUGGCCUCUUCGGCUUCUAUUCGUACCGCGACCCGAACCCGCUCAACACCAUUUCCAUCAUGCGGGACACGGGGCGCUGGGCAACAGAAAAGGAGUGGACCGACCGCGACCUCGAGGAAGCCAAGAUCUCGGUGUUCCAGCGCAUCGACGCGCCGCGGUCUGUCAACGAGGAGGGCAUGAACUACUUCCUCUACGGUAUCACGGACGAGAUGAAGCAGGCGCGCCGAGAGCGACUCUUGGACGUCACGAAAGAUCAGGUCCGCGAGGCGGCGCAGAAGUAUAUCGUCGAAGGCCUCGAGCAGGAUGCCGGAAGGUUGUGCUUCAUCGGACAGAAGCAGCCUUGGGUUGACGAUUCCUGGACUGUCCACGACAUGAACUCGAACGGUUCUCAAAACUAA